AUGAUUCAACUACUGCGUCCAGGAAGUGCACGAUCUCGCCCUGCCCUGCCCACCGCAUAUCGAUUGCACAGCGAUGUGUAUAGGCGCCUAGCCGGGCGUCCUCGCCAUUUGAGCGCUCCGGCGAUAGAAGCACGUACCAGCGGAAGCGCUUCAAUGACCCAGCAUGAAAACAGAAGGCCAGGCUUGGAAGCCACCCAAUGCAAGGCACACCUUCGCUUCUAUGGUCGGGGACCGGGCUUCCAGACGUUCGAUGCAAUGCUCUCUAUGACUCUCAAUAACUGGUCAAUACAUGGUCGUAGUGAUCCGUGA